GCCCCCUAAGUACCCUCCCAUUGAACGAUAUAAUGAGAGAGAAGUGGAAGAAAAAGAGGUCUCGCAGACUCAGGCGCAAACGCCGAAAGAUGCGCGCUCGCUCCAAAUAAACGGCCUGAAGAUAGCUGGCCUUGCGCAGUAGGAGCCCCGACGUCAAUCCAUCACAUGCGACUUCAUUUAAACAAGCCCAUCUUACUCCGUCGCUUUGACGUCUUGGCGCCUUUCUGCCGCAUGCACGCUGCCUGUCCUUGCCCGGAGCAGGCGGUGCUGGCGAUUUUGUGUCUUGUUCCAACUUCCGCGGGAAAGACGCGUUGGGAAGGGAGGGUCGUUGUCGAAGAAAUCAUAAAGUGCAGAGUUUGUUUCCCGUUGUACCACUGCAAUCAUAUUUUGGCGUGGUUGGCUUGAAUGUUC